AUGGAUCCAAAGAAAUCUAUUUGUGUGAAAGAAUGGAAACCAUUUCCUGAUCCUGUGUCUGACCCAAAAAAAAUGGCUGAAAUUCAAGCAGAGGCUUGUAAAAAUUAUUUUGGAAAAAAUGAUUGCAUGCAGAAGGAAAUCACCGAGAACUGUGGACCAGCGAUGUGGGUCAAAAUGAGAAAGUAUUACUUGGACCUCAACAAAUUAAACGGGCCGUGCAGCUUCGAUUGA